AUGGCCAACGAAAGCCUAGCCAGGGGAAACUGCCCUGCACCGUUCUUAGCAAUGAGCUUCUUUCCCGACGACGAAGGAUUUAUCGAAGGCCGGCUUUGUCAAAAUCUCUCUGCGACUUUGCAAUGUUGCUUGCCCUGCCCUCUCACCGACUGGGUUUACCCCGACUACUUCAACACGCUGACAACGGCUGCCAACUGGGUCUGCGUCGCCAGCGCCGCCUGCUGUCUCUUUCUCUUGGUCUCAUGGGCCGUCUUGCCCGUUGAUAAGACGUACAGACAUUACUUGAGUAUCUGCUUGACAAUAGCAGUGCUCAUCAUGAAUCUUGGCUUCGUGGUUCCCCUCGCCGACCAGCCAGAACAAUGUUACAAUGCAAUUACGCCGCACAGCAUGAAGUCUAGCAAGGUCUGUGGCGCAUCUGGUGCAUUCCUCCUUCUCGGAGGCUGGGCCGGUGUCAUGUGGGUCUUCCUGCGAUCGUUGUCCCUGCAUCUCCAGAUCUGCUGGCAAGUUGUCGUGGGUCGAAACUUCAUGAUCUUCGCACAAGCCACAGGAUGGGGUAUCCCCCUCAUUGGCAUUGUCGUUGCCCUCGUCUUCAGCGGCGUGUCGUUCCGCUUCGGUGCCACCUGUCACAUCAACCACAAGAACAGCCUGGCAGACUUCUGGAUCCCUCUUCUGGUCUUCGCUGGUCUCACAGUCAUCAUCCAGUUCGCCACAUUCGGAUACUGUAUCAAGGUUUACCUAGCCUCUCUGGCCGACAACAGUGCUUCGACUGAGGGAUCAAGCUUGCCGACAUACUCCAACAGCGUUCAGACCAUGAGCCCCCGUCAGGCGUAUCGACGAGUGCGACGCGUCAUCCAACUCCAAUGGAGAGGCAUCGCUAUCGUCCUCAUCAUCAUUGCCGAUGUUAUUUUCUUUUCCGUCGUGUUUGUUUUCCAAGACAACACGGUACAGGCGGUGCACGACGACCAGAGUUUUGCUCGGGACUGGGUCUCGUGUCUUGUUCGCGAAGAAGGCGACCGAACCAAGUGCUAUGACGAGUCCAAGUCGCUGGUUGUCAACGAGGCAACCAUCACGGCCGUCUUGAUUCUCCUUGCGAUGAACGGCAUCUGGCUGCUUUUUCUACUGGGCCGCUGGGCCAUGGUCCUCGGCUGGGUGGACCUGUUCUCCUCCUGUCGAGGCAGAAGCAAGAAGGAAUUCGUGUCGGUAGAUGCCCGAUACGACGUUAAGAAAGAUACCCGUGCGUACGAGAUGCUAUCGAGAGACUCGAGCGCUGUUGUAACACCAAUUUCCCCAGUCAAAUCACCCGUUGUAAGUCCCAAUAGCGGACGAAGAACCCCCGAUUACUUUGGGCAAACGGCCCGCUACCAGCCGCCGACGCGGUCCUUCUCGAGCCCUCGGCCGCCGCAAACACCACCAACCUGGGACGCACGAGCAACCUAUGCACGGCCCGAGUCGCGAGCCCGAGGAGACGGCUUCGAAGACAUGAAUCCACUUGGGAUGAACAGGAUAUAA